AUGUCACUGAUUGAGGGCAAGACCGAUUAUUAUGCACGUAAAAAGCUUGUGAUCCAAGCCAAGAAUAAGUAUAAUUCACCGAAAUAUCGAUUGGUCGUCCGUUUUACUAAUACGGAUGUGAUCAUUCAAAUCGUGUACGCAAAGAUAAUCGGUGACGAGGUUAUGACAGCUGCGUAUUCGCAUGAAUUACCAAAAUACGGUAUUCAAGUAGGUUUGACAAAUUGGGCAGCUGCGUACGCCACCGGCUUACUCGCUGCUCGUAGAAUCCUUACAAAGCUUAACUUAGCCGACAAAUACGAAGGUGUUAUCGAACCAGAUGGUACAAUUUGUCCCAUUGCUGAAUUGGAUGAUGAGGACGCACCACGUCCUUUUAAGGCCUUCUUAGACGUGGGCUUAAAACGUACAUCCACAGGUUCAAAGGUCUUUGCUGCGUUGAAAGGUGCCUCCGAUGGUGGAAUUUUCGUUCCUCAUGGUGAAAAUCGAUUCCCCGGUUAUGACACAGAAUCUAAGAAAUUAGACGCAGAAAUCCUUCGUAAAUAUAUAUACGGAGGUCAUGUAGCUGAUUAUAUGCGCCUUCUUCAAGACGAAGAUGAUGAAAAAUAUAAACGUCAAUUCUCUAAAUUUGUUGAAAAGGGUGUUAGCGCUGAUGAUCUGGAAGAAAUUUAUAAAAACGCACACGCAAAGAUUCGUGCAGAUCCUGUGUUUAAACCCACACAAAAGAAAGGUGAUUACAAGGAUUUCAAGAAGUAUAAAAAACAUCGCUUGAACCUUAAACAAAGGAGAAAUAAAGUUCAACAAAAGAUUGAUGCCUUCAAGCAUUCUCAUGAAGGAGAGGAGGAAUAG